CCCACCCCCACGUCUAGCUCGAUCACUAAGCAAACAAGAAUCUCCUCAUUCGCUCGAGGAGCAGCAGCAGCAAGGAAUCCUUCUUUCCAGACUGCCUGAUUCAAGCAUCCGUCAGUAGAGGAUCCAUGGCUAUGGAGAGGUUCUUCACGGCGCUCGUCUUCUGCGAGGCACCGCUGGACGGCUACGGCACGUCGGUGCUCACCGCCGGCAGCACCGACACGGUCAAAAGGCUGGUCUCAGGUGGUGGUGACGCGACGAAGCCGUUGGUGGCUAUCAAGCCGGACGCUGAGAAGGGGCAGGGUUUCUUCACUGGCAAGCAGAUGGCGCAGCGGCGUGCUGGGUUCGAGCUCGCGUUCGACGGCCUCAAUUGCUUUGACACCGUCGUCAUGCACUGAGCAUGUCAUUGUCAUGUCGCUUUCUUGAUUUUACUCUGUAUAGAACUUGGAUCAGUUAGAAUGUUUGAGACGUUGGUGGGGUUGUGAUGUUUCGUUCAUUCUAGUCUAGUAUUUGACCGGUGCACAAUCUUGUUUACAAACGAAAGGAAUUUAAAGGGGACAUCUCCUAGUAUCAUUUUAUGUCUUC